AGACUGAGACGCUCACUCGGGAGGCUCGGGUGGUCGUGUCUGUCUCGGUAGUUGUCAUUCCUCCUCUGUGCUUCCGCCCGGGUCCUGCUGUGCCCUGCUGGGAACCGGGAACCCGGAGGGGGGCAUCCCUAGGACCUCCGGGAGGACGUGAUGGACUUAGUGACCUUCGAGGAUGUGACUGUGAACUUCACUCAGGAGGAGUGGGCUCUGCUGGACACAUCCCAGAGGAACCUUUACAGAGAAGUUGUCGGGGAAAUCUUUAUGAACUUGGCCUCUAUAGGGGAAGGAUGGGACCGGAAUAUUGAAGACUGGUACAGAAACCAUGGCAGAAUCCUAAGCAGCCAUAUUGUGGAGAGACUUAGUGACAGCAAAAUAAGUAGCCUUUGUGGAGAAACCAUCAGCCUAAUUCUUGACCCAGACUUGAAAAAGAAAAGCUCUCCUGGAGUAAAUGUCUGUGAGUGUAGUGUGUGUGGACUAGCCUUCACGCCUUGUUCAUCCGGGAAGCCCAGCAGUGCACACCCUGGACAGGAAGUACGUGACUUCAAAUGCAAACACUGUGAGACAGCCUUCUGCAAUUACUCCUUCCAAGUUGAUGGCAGGUCUCACCAUGAAGACAAACCAUGUCGGGACCAUGAGGAAGACUUUCUUUCUUUUACCAGCCUUGGUGACUUCGUGAUAACUCGUACUGAAGGCGGACCCCACAAAUGUACCGUGUGUGGUAAAGGUUUACACUACCCCAGCUCACUUAGAAUCCACGAGAGAAUCCACACAGGAGAGAAGCCCUAUCAGUGCAAACAGUGUGGAAAAGCCUUCAGCUGUUGGGGUUCAGUUCGAAGACAUCAGAGGACCCACACUGGGGAGAAGCCCUACAACUGUAAGGAGUGCGGGAAAACCUUUAGUUCUCUCUCAGGCCUUAAAGGACACAUGAUAAGACACACUGGGGGUGGGCCUUAUAAGUGUAAGGUGUGUGGAAAAGUCUUUAACUCGCCCAGUGCACUUAGUAAACACGAGAGAACUCACACGGGGGAGAGGCCUUUUCUGUGUAAGUACUGUGGGAAAGCGUUCAUCUGCUCCACCUCAGUCCGCAAACACGAGAGGACCCACACUGGAGAAAAACCCUAUGAGUGUCAGCGGUGUGGGAAGGCCUUCAUUUCUAAUUCAGGCCUCCAAGGACACAUGAUCAGACACACUGGGGUUGGGCCUUACAGAUGUAAAUUCUGUGGGAAAGCCUUUGGCUCUCCCAGCGCGGUUUUGAGGCAUGAAAGUGCUCAUGUUGUGUAGGGAGAACCUUCACUCUGAGGACACGAAGGUCCUGAGAAAAUCUUUUACUAUCCUAGUUCAGGUACAGAAAAUGGUUGCUGGAGGGAGACUCUUGUUUUGAGAAUAUGGGAAAGUUAUAGAUCAUCAAAUUUUAUGUGGAAACAUGAAGAGGCUGAAGA